AUCAGGUACUUUAGUAACACCAUAUAUCUAGCUACAGUUUUUAUUGUAUUUUAUAGUAGAGCGGGUGCAACACUACAUCAGCGUCAUCAUAUAGAGACAUCAACUACAAGAAAUCUGAGCGAAAGAAAGUUCAGCUAUCCUUCUGCAGCGUCUUCUUCUUAUACUCGUACUGCAUUAUCCAAGACACCGACGUUAUCUAUAGAUGCCAAACCUUAUGCUCCAAAUUAUCAAAGUCCUUUUCCACGGAGAACUGGCCCUUACCAGAGUCUCCGCGUGACCAGUACGUCCACAAUUACACCGCCUCCUACAGCAACUCUAUCAUCCUUAAGCCUGACAGGAAACGCUCCUUCUUCUUCUUCAACAAGUAUGAAGCUCACCGCCCAAUCAGCGUCUCCAUACAAGGCUUCAAGUUUACCGGAUGUCCAUUCAAACAUACCGACCUACACAUUCAAGGGAAAGCCACGAGGAAAAGUGUUGAUUAUCAACAAUAUGAAGUUUAUUAACAUCAAGGAAGAUAGAAAAGGUGCCGAGUAUGAUCAAGCGAGUAUGAAGGAGAUGUUUAAACAGUUUGGGUACAAAGUAGUUACUGAAAAAAUAAGACCAAAAAGCAAAUGUUGAACACAAUAAAAUCUUUCAGAAAAGACAUGAAAGAGACAGAUAUAUCUAUAGUAAUUGUGAUGAGUCAUGGUACCAAUACUAAUGAAAAUCAACUAGCAGUUUCUGGAGGAUACACGGAGAUCUUAGGAGUGGAUGAUCAAGGGUUACCUAUAGAUGAAAUUUUGGAUGAAUUUGCAAGCGAUAAGUGUUCGGAUCUUAUCGGAAAGCCAAAAAUUUUCUUCUUCCAAUGUUGCAGGAGUUGAUUCGACCAAGGAAUCAAUAUCAAGAAGAGGAGGAUGAGAAGGAAGAGGAAGAAGACAUGGCCAACAAUGACAUAGCUGUUGACGAAAUUAAUAAUGACACGCAAGUAACAGAAGUACCAGAACGAAUAACCCUCAAAAGAAAAUCAAAUUUUAUAUCUCCCAAGAGGGUCAAACGGGUACCAUCUGUGGCUUCUGUGAAUCAAGGAGCAACCAGUGCUAUCUCUAGAGGGCAAGAAGCAUACCAAAUAUUACAAGAAACACUUGCAAGUAAAAAAACAAGAGACGGUAGCACAAUUUUUGGAGAACAUGUUGCUGCAAAGCAUAGAAAAUACAGCGCGCAUACACAAAGUGAAGUGGAACAUCUAAUUGGAGAUAUUCUGUAUAAGGCUGAUAAGGGACUUUAUGAACCACACGUGUCCUCAAUCAGUUCCAUUAGCCACAAACAAUAUUAUUUAUCUCAACCCAAUCAACAAAUUUAUACGAGUAUCACGCCUAGUACAACACCCAAUUCAUAUAAUCAAUAUGCUUCAGACACUCAAAGCAUCAGUACUCCUUUACCAUCACCUUCAGAAUCAGAUGGUCCACUGAAUGAAAAUGAGUCUUUUUUGUCGGCGACCCCAUCAAACCUGACGUUACAGGAAACUGAUAAUCCGAAGACACCCAUUAUACGUUUUAUAAAUGCAUUUACAGAUAGUCUUUAAGGCAUUUUUUGUUUUUUUUAUAUAAAC